GGAAACUGCAAAACUGGAAGAGCAGAGCUUCUGAAGGCUGCAGAGAAGGAGCGGACGAGAUUGAGUAUUACACCACAAUGGCAGAAGAUGCCGUAAAUGAGAACAAGGAAAGCUGCAACCAAAGUCCCUCACAUGAUGAAGACAGUGGAACAAUGUUGCCUGGAGAAAUGACUGAAGUUCUUACAAAGUUGAAGUCUUUGGUACAAAAAAGGGUUUUUGAAUAUGCUGAAGAGUUGUUGAAUAAAAAGUCAGUUAGCCAGAAUGAACUAUUGAAGGUCUUUAGUGAUUUUGUGGAUGAACUUGAGCAAGCAUACAAAGUCAAAAGAAAGAAUACAACAUCAUGGUGGACGACUCACACAGUGAGGGUCUGCACUGUUCUUACUGGUCGGACCUUGGGUGUUGAUGCAUCCAUACUAAAGAAAAUGACAAACAUAUUAAAUAGAAAGUUAGUGGAGAUCACCAGCUUGGAGGAAUGUGACAUCAUCAUGGUCUUCUGUCCAAUCACGUCCCGUAUUGUAUCAGAUGUGGAGGCAGCGCUGAGAAGAGAGGAAGUGUCUUUGAGUGAUAAGCCCAUCAUUCUGGUGCUGAUGCAUCACACCCGAGAUGUUGAAUACUCAACUGGAGGAAGAAACAGGACUGAAAUGGGUCCAAAUGUUAAACUGCAGGUUGAUGUUCUCUUCCAUGAAACUCAGCAGGGACUACUGCAGUGUGCAAGAAACAAACAGGCUGUUGAAGAAAUAAAAAAGGAGCUAUGCAAACACCGUAAAACUUGAUGUACACUAAGGUCCUAGU